AAUUCCCGCAUCAGAAACAGAGGAGUGACAAAAUCCGUAAAAUCAGCUGUGUCUAAAUGGUUUAGUUCGCAAAUUUAUUAUAUUUUUAAUAAUGACAAUCGUUAGAGGAUAUAAGCACCGCAUAAUUCUGCUCAGCAUACCCUAAUUAUGCCAAAGAAGGAAUUAAGUGAAAGAGUUAACCAGUGAUUGUAUGUGCCAGUUACUGAGUAAAGGUUUUUGCAGUAGCAAAAGCCGGAUAUGGGAACGAGAUCGGCGAGAGAGACUGAAUGUUUCCUUCAACAACCUGAGUGCCCUGUUGCCCAACUAUGACCCUGCUGCAACGCUGAGCAAAGUUGAAAUCUUGCAGAAAGCAGCUAAUUAUAUCCAUGAGUUGCAACAAGAAAAUCACAACUUGCUGCAUGGUAGCGUGGAUGAGUUUGCUUCAAAACAAAUGCAGCAUCUGAAGCAACAAGUAGAAGAGUUGGUGAAACGAAUUCAACAGUUGGUUAAUCUUCUUCGGGAUGCCAGAAUUUCCAUUCCACCCCAUUUGGCAGUGGAUUCAUCACGUCCACUGAGGUGGUCCAACAAGUUUAACCAGGAGGAUGGUCUUAUGCUAUUUGAGAAGGCAAAGAAGAAAAAGGCAGAGCAGAAGAAUGCUAAAAUUGACUUAAAGAAAAAGAAGAAAUUGAAUAGAGUUCAGACCAUAAGAACAAAUGCAGCAGCACCUCUGAAGCCAAUAAUUAACAACUGCUCAAAGGUGACUCAAAUGAAGCAGAUCACAAAUACCUCAAAUAUCCCGUCCAUUCCAAAAAAGAAAUCUACAGUAUGUAAAAAAUCCAAAGACAAAAUUAAAUCAGGAAAACCAGCUACAAAAUUAUUUGGUGACAAAUUACCAACAGUGGCACAACUUCUGGGGUUGACAAUGAAUGACAUUGAUACAUCCCCAGCAGCAGGCCACAUUGAUUCAACAACAAUAUCAGUACAUGAACCAUCUAAUGUUGCCAGGUCUACUUUAAUCAAUACAAGUGCUCCACUUCCACCUGGCUUCAUUGUAAUUCAAGGUAGCAAUGGAGUUCAACAGACAUCCUUACGUUCUACCUCUGUGAUGAAUCAUCACCAAGCACAAUCAUGCAUUGUGAUGCCUACAAAUCCUCAAAUAGUAACAGCAAAGAAAGUGACAAAAUCAUCAACUGUAUCACAGCCAAUUCCUUUCGUUCUUUCAAAUUCUACCUCUAAUAAUGCUGGAAUCAACAAACGGAAGCUAAACAGUCUAAUUUCAGUAACCAAAUCCCAUCUAUUAACUGCACCAGUAGUAGCCUCUGGUAUCCAGACCUGUCCUCCACCUGCUGUUCUAACCAAUCACAGCACAGGACUUGCGGGUUUGAGACCUGGAACACUAAUAUUAGCAAAUGGAAACAUUGUGCCUGUUCUUCCUCAACCUCAGACUGUGCUAACAGCGGCACCAACACAAUUCAUCGUCAAUUCGAACCCACUUCCACCUCCAGCAAAUCCUCCAGUGUUAAUGAUGCACCAACAGAAGAAUGCAGUCACAAGAACUACCUCAUCAAAUAGUGUUGCCUUGGUUACAUCAUCAUGUUCCAAACCUCAGCAACGCUCUUUUCCAAUGUUAGUCCCCAAGGUGUCAAAGAAACCUGCAAAUUCAGAUACUACAGUGACUACAUUUGCGAAUAAAGUCCCCAUCCCAGCCUUAACAUCACGGCAUCAGCCUGUUAAGUGUCAACAUAUUCAAGCUCCAGCCAUUAACACUCUGACAAAAUCUCCAGCCAAAGCUAAAACUAAAGGAGAUAAUGAAAGUGUUAAGACUGCUAAUACUGAUUUGCCUGUGUUAAUGAAUGACAGAGUCCGAAAUUCUGGAACCAAAAAUACUACUGCAUGUAAGGGAAGAGAGAGGCUGGAAAAGAUUAUAAAUGCAAAUAAGAACAGUAAGCAGAGGUCACUGGACAGAAGUACUGUGAGAGUCAGUAUUACAGAUGUAAAUGUGGACAGCUCAGGAGCCAACAAAGAUGAUAGCUUGCAGGUAGGAGCAGAGACAGAUGGAAAACUUUCAGAAAAAUUCAAGGAUAAGGACGUGAAGAGUAAUGGGGCAGACAGAACUCUCAUAUCUCAUAAUGUUACAAAUAAUGAUGAAAGGAAUUGUGAGCAGGUUAACAAUCUGGAUGCAGAAAUAGAAGAUGGCAAUAAAGACGAAGAAGAGGGACCAGCUGGAAUAUGUGAAAACCCUGCACCUGUUAAAAGAAAGAGAGAAUGUGAAAAGGAAAGCAGUGUAGAGACAUGCAAUAAGACAAAACAGUGGAAAUGUGACACGGAAAAUCAGGAAGCAAGGAACACUGACAUGGAAACAAAUAAUUCAGCCACCUAUGAAUUAUGUUCUGCAGUAUCAGACAGAACAUCACCAUCUGCUGUGGCAGCCCUUAAAUCUUGUAACUCUGGCACCUACACAAUUGAUGUUCUGUGCAUGACAAAACCAGUUACAUGCCUCAGUAUUAACAAGAUUUCAGGAGAAUCAACACGUACAGAGAGUAAUGUUGACAUAACAAAUCCCAUGUGUUCUGAAAAAAUCAUUCCAUCAGAAGGAGACAUAAAAUACUGUAGCCAGAAAGAACAUGAUACAGUAAAAUUAACAGCAAAGGAUAGUAGUACAGUUUCAGAAGUCUGUAGGUUGAAUGCACAAGUUGUUUCAAAGGAUAGUUCCAAGCCUGUUACAAGGUCUGAAUCACAGGUGGCUCUAAAGAGUCCAUUAAAUACUUGCAGUGCAUCAGGUGUUUGUCAGCAUGAAGUCAGGGAUAGAACAGAUAAACAAAGCAGUUCAACUACCUCAGAUUUUUCAGUUCCCCAGCAAGUACAUGACAUGCAUAUCACUGUUAUUAAAUCACAGCUUUUCAAAGGAACAGAACUGAACACACUCCCACAAUCACCCCAACCUCAGAAACCUCUGGAGGUCACAAAUCCAAGAGUGGAUUUCAAGCCUACAGUAAAAGCUCAGCAAAACAAUGUGAUAAAAGCAUCUAGUGAUUCUUUUUCCUUGCAAAAUGAAGGGAACAUUGAAAAUGAGGGCAUUGGAACUUCACUGCAGAAAUCUACUGAACUACCAAGUUCCUCAACCUGGCAUAAAGAUAAAGAAAGUGUAGUAGAAAGAAAUAAUAGCACAAACUAUCAUUCACUAGCAGCUGAUCAGGCUUCCCACACAGAGCAACAAAUUACAGCUUCAGUAUUACCACAGCAUCAUCAUGAAAUCCGUGUUGCUGCUACAAAGGAGCAUGACUUAUGUAAUGCACAUUCAGUUGUAACCUGUACAUCAUUAACAAUCCCAGAGAACAAACUGGUUAGAGUCCAAACAGAAUCUAGUGAAUUAUGUUUAGAUAAAGCACUGCUGCCAGUACAGUCCAGCAGUAUGUAUCCUACAUUUACUAGCUCAGCCAUGGCAACGCACUGCAGUGAAAACACAUUCAUACCCAUCACCAGUAAUUCAGCAGACAUUGAUACAGGUUCAAAAACCACAGAUAGUGAAGCUAAUAUUAACAACUCAUUAAAUAUAUCUCUCCAAAAUUCUGAGUUCUCAAGUGAUCUUUUUGCUUCCUUGCAAGUGCCCUCAAGUGGACAGCAUUCAGAGUCUAUUUCCCCAACUGCAGCAUUCCUGCUUGCAUUCCCUCUGGUUUCGUCUUCCAAAGUGACAGAAAUGAUAGUAGACCCACAGGAAGAGGUUGGCAGUGACAGCAUGCAAGGAGCAUCCACUCUUCUGCAAAUUGGGAACAUUGAACCUGAUCCUCCCCAUCACAUGUCUAAACCCCCUCACUCUGCUGAUGUAAAUGUUCCAACAGAGACAACGGAGACAGUUACAACCAGAACACAACCAAAAAUAGCAGUGUCUUCCUCAAGUGCUAUUGCAGAUGGAGAUAAUGUGAGAGCCGUAUCUUCUGGGUGCAACGUGCCAAAUCAGCAGCGAGUAGUUUUAUGCAGUAAUCGCGAGAGAAAAACUGAAAAUUCAGUUCAGGAGACCCAAAAUUUGGGAAAGUGUUCUUCCGGCAUGACAUUACCUUUAGAAAAUUUCACAAAGGCCAGUGAUAAGCAAUGGCCAAAUGUUACAGAACACAGUGUUUUAGAAUGUGGAGACAAACUUCAUCCCAGAAGGAGAAGCAUUGGAACACAAUCAAAUAUCUUUAAUAAUCUUGAAUUGAAGUCAUCAGAAGCAAACUGCAGCCAGACAUCAUUGUCAUCAACCAUAAAAACUUCUUUAGCCAUAGAUGCUAGUGUAUAUAAUAUUUCACUGGAUGAAGAGAAAGACAAUACAAGUGGAACGUGUUUUCAACAGAAAAUGGAGACUGAAAACACAGCAGUGUCUACAAAUAACACACCGCAGCAUCCUGUCUCGAGCUCACAUUCACAUAUCACAAUAUUCAAGUCUGGUCAGGAGCAUCAAGAGUAUCAUUCUUCAUCAAAUUCAUUUCAACUCCCACCAACGUUUGGAUCUGUAAUUUAUAAGAACGUGUUAAGUGAAGAUAGUACUAAGAAGAUAACAGGGAGCUCUAAUACAUUCCAGCCUAUGGAAGAAUUAUGCAUGAAACCACAGACAGCUGUUACUUCAGAACAUAAUAGAACCUGUGCGAACACAAAUUUCACACAGACAUUCCAUACAAGCAAGGAGUCCCACCACACUUGUGAAGACUUGCCACAUAAUCACACUUCGGGGAAUACAGUGACUGAUCACAAUGCAAAUCAGAAUUCUUUCCCGAAGAUGCAUCCUUCUCAAAUGAUAACUGAACAGGGCACAAUGACAGAAGAAUCAAGAGACCAUGUUGGUUCUGCCAACUACAAGCCACUUACAUCUUCCACUUCAGCAGCUUCAUCUGUAGGAGAAGUUAUUAAACACAAUUUCUCCAACAACGUGACAAAUUCUGCUUCACAUGCAGAUAUGUCUGUUUCAUACAACCAUGUACUAAGUUCAACACCUGCACAGACAUAUCCAUAUAACUUGUUCAGCAAUGAUUAUUCUUCAGUGCCUUCACAAGUGACAUGUACAGCAACAUAUAUCCAAGCUCCCAACAGUAAUGAUCAAAAUAAGACAAGUGCUGCUUCAUUUUCUGUUGCUCAUAAUUCAUCCAAUUUCAGUAUACUGUCAUGGACCACUCUGUCACCAAUGUCUGCACCAGCUAACAUUAAUCAGUAUGAAAACUUUAAUAUCCCACUGCAGAAUACAUCUGCAGACGUACCUCAGCACAAUUCUACAACAGGUACAUCAUUACAAAAGGAAAUCUCACAAAAUCAAUCCAGUAAUAAUGCUGCAACAAUGUCCAGUCCAGCUGUCAGUGAAAUGCAAAGAUUAGUCCAUAGUAAUAACUGUCAGAAACAACGUGAAAGUAAUUCAAACGUUGGAAAAUCCAUGAAUGAUGAAAUUCACAAACUGACAGGGUCAUUUCCAGGUUUGUACACUAGUGAAGAACAGCAGUCCUUGGGAAUGUCUGAUCGAGAUACAGCAACAUCUCACAUGCAGUUCCAUCAUGUAAAUAAUGAGAACCAGGUUUCAGUUCCACAGGAAGAAGGUGCAAAUAAUGAAAAUUUCAAAUUUCCUCUGCCUUCUGUUUCUGAUGUAAAAAGUCGCCAGACUGCAAGAACAAAUCACUCAACUGAGAGAAUGAAAGUGUCGCAACAGCACCGACCUCCAGUGAACUGGAUGACUACACCAGAUAUUCGCACAAGCAGCACCAGUUGUUCUGCCAUGAGUUCAACAUCUUCGUCUGCUGCCCCUAUUGGUCAACCCACCAUAAGCCAUGUACCCAGUGCAGCAACAUCGGCUGCGCAUUCUGAAACAAGUUCUGUUCAGAUGAAUAAGGAAUUUGAAUUCUGUAGUAAUACUUCUAAUCACAAUUUAUUCAUGGGUAAUUCCAGUGUUGCUUCUCCCACAUUUGAUGGCAGAAGCUUUGCUGGAAAUGUAGCAUUGUAUGGGAACCAUGUUCUUCCUUCACAUAGCAAUUUGUAUACUAAUAAUAGGCAGUCAUCCCGUUUAUCUUAUCAUAAGGAAGAAACUAGAAACAUGCAUCAUAAUCCUACUCAUCAAAGGCUUACAAAUUUACCUGUGCAUGGACAAAAUUAUCAUAAUGAGGCCUAUUCAUUAUCAUGGACCCCAAGAAAAGUUCCUUUCACAUCAGCAUCCGUGAUGGCACCAGACAUGAAUGGUAACAACUUUGUUCCCUCCACACUGCCGACAUUAAUUGGAGAUUUAGCUUUAGGUACUAAUUAUCCAGUGUCUGGAAAUGAUGACAGUAACCAUAACAAACCAUAUGUACAUUCAAAUUUUGGUAAUGGAGAAAUUAAUAAAAAGAAUGCAUCAGUCAACACAUUGGAAGACCUGUCAGGAAAACACAUUCAGAGUAGGCAUGUAGAGAAGGAAUCAGGAAUAAACACUGACAUUGUUGGGAGUAAGGCAAGGAACAACAGCAACCAAGUCUGUACUCAAGAUUAUCAUGGUAGUGCUCAGUCAGAAGGUGGGUCAUCAGGAGGAACUUCAGCUGUAUCAGGAAACUUCCUUUCUGUAAGUCAGCUAGUUGAUCAAGUAAAAUCAGGUGUUGGAUCAUCGAGAACACAAGUGAAUGCUUCAGCAAGGAGGAGCAAUAAUAACAGGAAUGUUAGUGGUGGGAACAAGAACAGUACAGCCCAGUCAAGACAGCAUGUUGUAGCAUCGUCUUCCAACAAAAGGAGUAGUACUACACAAAAUAACACUGAAAGGGAUAGCAGCAAGAAACAACAGCAGGUGGCAAACGUAAGUUUUUCAGUUCCAGAAGGCACAAAUGCCAUGCCUAUAACAGGAGAUGGCAUCAGGAAAGCAAAUGAUGGAAACAGGGAUAGUCAUUUCUCAACAGAAAAUGCCACAACUCUUAUGCCACCUAUUUCACAAAGCAGUGCAAGCUUUCCCAUGCCUGUACAUGAUAUGGGGAAUCAGCCUCCAUCAUCCAUUGCUAAUAAUCAACACCACUGGCCAUUAAGCAGAGGGAAACAAGGCAGAACAGGUUCAGCAUCUUAUAAAGCACCUGUUAGCAAUUACUCUGCUGAGGCUCUCAUCGGAUUGAGUAGUAGCACCCUGCAUAUUGCAGACACAGCUCACCUGUCUCAAGAAUCUACCAACAAUAAAAUUAUAAGUCUGCCACCUCCAAUGGUGUCUGAAAGAUUUUGCCAUAAUCAAAACUAUCAUCACCAUCCUCAAACUUCACGAUCCCUGCAGAUGACAACAUCAUUUGGUAAUGAAGCUAUCAUCGCAGGGAAUUACUUUCCACCCGUUGACUUACCAUCUUCCCACCAUCAAGAUGGACAUGUAUCAGGCAUACCAACCAAUACUCACCAUGACAACUUUACCCAAACUCCUCAUCAGAAUCAGCAGUCAUACAGCAAUGCUUCUUUCAGUUACCCUGCUGGUCCUGCAAAUAUGAAUGGACAAGGACCAGCCACCUUAUACCCUUCAGCAAACUUUAUAUCCAGCUCAAAUAGUGGACACACUAAUGCCAGUAUUCCACCUGUCUCAUUGCCAACAGGGUUCCUUACUGAACUUACUGGCAGUAAUACCUUUCCUGGUGGGAUAAUUCCAUCAGAUUCAAAUAACUCCCUUAUUUUUCCAUCGCCUGUAAUGAAAAGUGUACCUGUAAACCGAAACAGUAGCAGUCGACAUAACCAUUCAUAUUUACAGUCAUCCACAUCUGCCUCUGCCCAUCACCAUGAUCAGAGUGGACAACAACUGCAAGCAAGAAAUGACAACUCUUCAGGACAAGUGGGAGAGACAAACAGAAGUGGUAGUACUAACAUGACGUCUAAUGAUGGCCAUGGAAACCGAAGGCUGAAUGGCCAUGCUGGGGGACUUCCACUGCAUCACCAGACCAAUAACCUAGGUGGAAGCAGCAACACCAAUUGUUCUUUAAUAAAACAACGCGGAAAUGGAAGCAGGAGGAGGAACGCAGAUCCUGUCUCCUCAACUUCAUCAUCUACUUCAGGAAUUACUGGUUUGGUUGAUCUGGGAUAUUUGCCUAUGCCACCUGGGAUUGGCUCUCCUAUGCUGGGUGCUGAUGAUGGAGCUUUCUUAAGUCAUCAUACCAGUGGGACAUUCUUAACACCCCCAGGACCACAGCUAUAUCCCCCAGGUCCUACACCAAAUCCUCAAGGAACCCUUUAUCCUCCAACACCCCGUCCACCAACACAGAUGACUUCACACACCAACCAACAUUCAGGCAGCCAUCUACCUCCAUUUUCAUCAUGUACACCAGUACAAGAAAAUUCAUCACUGUCACGUGCCGCACAUCAUCAACAGCAGCAGCAGCAGCAAGCCAGUACUUCACCAAAUGCUACAAAUGGCAGUGGUAACACUCUUGCCAACUUUAAUCUCAGUACAAUUUUCCCUGAAAUCAAUGACAAACAAAUUCCAUCUGUACCUUCUGUGAUUGGGUUUGCAACUGGGACAAAGAACCUGGCACCAGAAAGCUCAUCUUCUAAUAAUUCUCAUCACCAUUCUGCACUUCUACCACCUGGUGGUAGUGAUACAGAGUAUCUGCAUCGUGUUGUCCCACCUCCAUCUACUGUCCCCAGUAACUGCCUUCCACCACCUCCUGUCCCACUUCACACCAAUUUUAACAAUCUGCUGAGUCAUGCUUCAUCUCAAGUAAGCAGGAUGCCAUGGCCAUAAUAAAACCAUACGGUUUACAACAAAACAUCAAAAUCCUGUUAACAGAAUACUUUGUAACUGACUUUCAUGUUCUAGCAAUCAUUAUAAUAAAAAUGCACAACACUUUUCACUCUUUGUUAGAAUUAAAUGUGUCAGUUUACAUUAUUAUGGGGAUCUGGUGGAUUGGGGAUACAGCACUGGACUCUCAUUUGAUGGUUCCAAGUUUGAUUCUCAGUCAGAUUUGUAUGCAGACUUCUCUGAAACCAUUCCCCUACAGAAGAUAUAACUUUGGAAAUGUGAAGAAUACCAGCUUCUCCUCUCAGACUCAGCGUCCAUAUUAAGCUGUAGAUCCUGUCUGCCUACCAUCUGUAUCAUGACCACCCUAUCAUUGAGGUAAUGAGAUCUGCCCACCCAUACCUAGGUGGACAGAGCCCACAAAGCUCAAACAGACCAUACAUGGAGCACUAGAAACAACAGAGAACAUUUUUAUUACUAGCUGCACAAUUGGCAGGUUCUCAAGAAAGGCUCAGCUCUGUGAGUGGGUGAUGAGUGAUAUUUUGGGUACUGGUAAAAAAAACUCUGUGGCCUGUAGUCAACAAGUGAACUACAACAACCGAGCAACCAUCACUUGUCAGUGAGGUUACUGUCAACUUUCAACUUCAGCGGAUAGAGGGUGUCACGUGUUCAGCACAACAGAUCCCCACAGCCGUUAAUCUCAGUUUUUAGACAGGAUUUGGGUACUGGUAUAGAUUUUUAAAUUAGCAAAGCUAGGAAAGGGAAGAACAUAAGGAAAAGCAAAGGUCUGCUAACAUUCUGAUGCAAAACAAAUACUAAGGAUUGACAGUUAUCUCAGUGACAAGAAAAAGCAUGUCUUACUCAUCUGACCAUUGUGGUAUUCAAGUUCCCUGUUACAGACUUUAAUUUUUUAUUCUAAAGGGUUCUGACGAUGGUGGAUAACACACAGACUUACUUUUUUUUUUUGGACUUUU